AUGGACUUAGAACCAUCUCCACAAGUCAUGAUUCCAGAAUCUCACUUUGAGGCAUUUUCAGCACACAUAGAUUUGUCCUUGUUGGAUCAAAUCAAGGAAGCUACCCAGGAAGACCCUAGUCUUGACACAAUCUUGCUAGCUGUAUCAGAUCCUAAAUCCAUGCCCCACAGCAUUGCACAGAAGUUCAAGGACUAUACAAUACAGAAGGGUCUACUUCUGUAUCAAGGAAGAGUAGUUGUGCCAGAUGAACCUGAGAUCAAACAGCAACUCUUAUCUCACUUCCAUGAUUCUCCUGCUUCUGGUCACCAAGGAAGAGCACAAACUCUAGAAAGCAAGGGCCAUGCACACAACUAUGCUCUCAACCUGCUUUCUGUCCCUGCAGGUCCCUGGGAAGACAUCUCAUAUGAUUUCAUUAUCAAGUUUCCCAAGUGUAAGGGAUAUGACAGCAUCCUGGUGGUUGUAGACCACUUCUCAAAGAUGAUGCACCUGGUUCCCUGCAAAGAAACUGCUACUGCUGAGGAUGUUGCUCAGAUGUUCUUGGAACAUCUCCUCAAGGCACUCUAUAAAUCUCUGCAAAUCACUCCUAGUUUCUCUACUGCUUACCACCCACAAUCUGAUGGACAAACUGAGAUCAAGAACCAAUGGCUAGAGGCUUACCUACGUCCCUUCAUCAAUCAUAGACAGUCUGAUUGGGUUGAUUGGCUCCCACUGGCUGAAUUUGCUCACAACAAUGCCAGAAGCAAAGCAACAGGCAAAUUGCCCUUUGAGAUUGUGUAUGGAUGUUCUCCUGGCAUUUCAACACUCCUGGAACCCACUGGAUUGCCUAUUGCUGAUGACAGAGCCAAGCAACUGGCUGAGACAAUUCAGGCAGUACAGGCAUCAAUCAAAUGGGCUCAGGAGCGCUACAAACAGGCAGACACAGGGAAACCACCUCCUGAGUUUCAACCAGGAGGCAAAGUUUGGCUUCUGGCUUCCAAUAUCACAUUGCAGCGCCCCAAUAAAAAGCUAGACCACAAACAAUAUGGCCCUUUCCCUGUCAUAGAAAGAAUAGGCUUUCAUGCUUAUUGCCUGGCUCUCCCUGAGACCAUGAAGAUCCAUGAUGUGUUCCAUGUCAGCUUAUUGUCUGCUUUCAAACAAGACACAGAGUUUGAUUGCACAUUCACCCCUCUGCCGCCUGUAAUCACAGCAGAAGGAGAAGAAGAGUACAAAGUAGACAAAUUUGUAGAUUGGGCAGCAGAAGACAGAAUCUGGAAGUACAGGGUGAGAUGGAAGGGAUAUGCGCCCCAUGAGGACACACAGGAACCAGCCAAGGAUCUACAGCAUUGCAAGGACAAAUUGCGCAACUUCUUUGCCAAUUACCCAGAUGCUCCAGCAGCCAACAAUGCCAUCUGUUAUGGAUAUGACAUUUCUUCAAUAAUCUACUUUGCCUAUGUAAUGGAGGCAGAGGAUGCUGAGGGGUUCUUUGGUUGUCUCAAGGAGUGCCAACCUUGUGACAUGGCCAUGGGGUAUACCAACCUCAAGGCCUUUACUGCUUACUUCUACAGGGACAGGGAUGCCCUUCCUCAGGGUGUGUGUGAGCCCAAGGCCCUUAAGAAGGCUACAGUUAAUUUGCCACUGGGUGUUCAGGAGUAG